AUGGAAAAAUACCUCACGCGACAAACCCAGCCAGCGCGCGCAGAUUCGCAGACAAAGCGCCGCCAGCUUGCGCCGAAACGACAGCUCGCACCAACCAUGUCGCCACCGCGCCGCACCAGCCCUGAAAUCCCAGAGUCGCCCCAGAGCUCGCAGGAAGCCGCGCCUUUGCUCGGGGAGCGUAGGCAAGAUAGCUCCCAGCGUGUGGCUCCUCAACUGCGGUCUGCACGCGACAGGCCGUCCGCCUCCAGUGGCGAUCCAAGUAACGCUGCAAUGGACGGCGGCGCGAACACCACUGAGGUUGGCGAUGCGCACCAAACCAGCGAUGUGACCCGCCAAUUGAUUCGCUACACUGGCUCAGAGGCGCGUCGACAGAUUGAGUUUACGAGGGGCCAAAUGCAGAAAGCGCCCAUACUCAACCCAUUCCUCCUCGAGAUGGAGAAGCUGCGAGACCACCGACCAGUCCGCGGUGAGUUGCCAUUCAACUGGCGACGCGCUCGUGGGGAAGGCGGCGAUUCGGCUCAACCAGCUGCUGCUACAUCGGAGAAUGAUGGCAAUAAGUUGAUCGAGGCUCAGCCCUCCCGCCGCGCAGUGCAACGAAGUGCAGCCAAACCCCGACCUCAGCAUUCCUCUGGUACUGCGACCACAGCUCGCGCGCAAUACCGCGAACUCGCGUACCUUGUGCCCGCUCCCGAGGCUCCCACCUUCUCCUCCUCAAUCUCCCAGCAGACUUCUUUACGUAACUCUGGCAACAAAAAUGUCCCUCGAAGUACUCGGCCAACCUGGAACCCCGAGAUGAUGGCGACCGGUCCUCGAUCUAGAGAGGCCGAAACAGCAAGUAUUUUAGUCGGUAUGCAAUUCACCCCAGCCAUUAAUGAAGCCAUGCCAUACGGAGAACUGAGAUAUCGAUUAGAGAGUCAUUCACCAGACACGAGGGAGGGUCCGAGGAGAAAGAAGAGAAGGGUCGAGUCAGCGAAGGAGGCUGAGAAGGUCGUGAUCGACUUGACGAUGGAGGAGUAA